AUGUCAUCGCGGCCGCCCCCAGUACCAUCCCAAGCUGACCAGGUCCUCCGUAAAGGAUAUGCAAAUAUCUUUGAGGCGCACACGGUCUUCCUGACCGGCAGCACCGGGUCCCUGGGAGGAUGUCUGCUGUAUAAACUGGCCCUUCAGUUGCCCACGCACAAAAUAUACGUGCUAAUCCGUGGAACACCGGAGCAGGCAAUUGAGAAAUGGCAGAAAGCCAUGCCGAAUCAAACGAAUGCAAUUCUUGCCUCGAAGAAAAUCGAGUUUGUGAUUGGAGAUAUCAAAUCCGUGGACUUUGGUAUCGAAACCGCCGUGAUGGAGCAGCUGCGCAGCCAAAUCACCCUCGUGAUUCACACGGCAGCCAAAAUCAGUCUGGAGUCCAGUCUCGUCGAUGCAUUCGAGAACAAUUGCCUACCGGCACUGGAAUUGGCCCGAAUCGCAUCGCGGUUUCGACGUCUUAAGCUUCUCAUUCAGCUGUCAACCGCCUAUUGUAAUAGCUUUCUUCCCGAUGGUCCUGUACUGGAGCGACCGUACAAUUUGACCGACGAAGAUCCAGAAGAAGAGCUGGCAUCGAUCUUGACGCUGGAUCAAUCACCACACGCGUCACGCUUCUCCUCGACGUAUGCCCAGGCCAAGUACGUGAUGGAAAAGCUCCUCAUGAGCCGCUAUUCUCUUCUCCCCAUUCUCCUCGUUCGCCCGACCAUCUUCGGUCAAGCGUUGCGACACCCGUAUCCACUCUACGGCCUCGAGAACUCGACGCCGUUAAACAAAUUCUAUCAAAUGUACAUGGCGGAUCGGGGGUCGACUCAGGUGUGGCAUGCCGCAGAGGGCUACAAAACAGGUGCCAAUAUCAUCGACGAGGUGCCUGUCGACUUCGUGGCCAAUGCAUGUCUACUACACGCUGCAGCACGUACCACGGGAACCGUGCAGAUCGGCUCGGAGCUGUAUGAACCGUUUACUUUCGACGAGUACAUAGAUAUCGCGAUGACCAAUGCCCCGCCGUCCAUCCGGCCUCAACUUCCACAGAUAGUCUUUACCGAGGAUCAGAGCGAACCCCAGUGCUUCCUGGCUGAAUUGGUCCAGGUUGCGUCGCGCAAUUGGUUAUUCGACUGUAGUCGGUCCUACUGGAUGAGACAGGUGGGUGGCCCGUUGAGUCUGCGCGUGUGCAGGUAUCAAGUAGACAACGUAAAUAAGUUGCGGAUCCAAGGGAUCUACAGAAAGUAUAUGGAAAGGGCCAGGAUUUGA